ACUACAGAUGAAAUGCAAAUGAGAGGAGAAAUAUCAAAUAUGACUACAUUCAUGGAAUUUGUUCUCUUGGGGUUUUCUGAUAUUCCUGACCUUCGGUGGAUCCUCUUUGGAAUAUUUUUACUGAUAUAUUUGACUAUUGUACUGUGCAAUAGUAUUAUAAUACUAAUAACACAAGUUGAGCCUACUCUUCAGAGCCCUAUGUAUUUUUUCCUUAGCAAUUUUUCCUUUUUGGAAAUUUGUUAUGUAACAGCCACUAUCCCAAGAAUGCUCAUGGAUCUUUGCACCCAAAAAGGAACUAUUUCCUUGCUUGCCUGUGCGACACAGAUGUGCUUUGUCCUCACGCUGGGAGGCACAGAGUGUCUCCUCCUGACUGCGAUGGCCUAUGACCGCUACGUGGCCAUCUGUCACCCUUUGCAUUAUGCCCUAAUCAUGAAUCACAAGUUCUGUGCGCAGCUGGUGGCCGCCUCCUGGAUCUGUGGGAUUCCUGUCAUGAUUGGGCAAACAUGCCAGAUUUUCUCUUUGCCCUUUUGUGGGUCUAACAGAAUCCAUCACUUCUUUUGCGACAUCCCCCCAGUACUCAAGCUCGCUUGCGGGGACACUUUUGAGAAUGAGAUCGCAGUCUACGUGGUUGCGGUGGUGUUUGUCAUGGCUCCUUGUCUGUUGAUCAUCAUGUCCUAUGGCAGAAUUAUCUCCAACAUUCUGAAAAUGCCCUUGGUCGGAGGCAGGGCUAAAGCCUUCUCCACCUGCUCUUCUCACCUGAUAGUUGUGGUUUUAUUCUAUGGGACAGCUAUUAUCACGUAUUUACAACCCAAACCAAGUCAGUCGGAAGGUGGGGGGACACUCAUCUCUCUUUUCUACACCAUUUUGAUCCCAACUCUGAAUCCAAUUAUCUACACGCUGAGGAACAACGAUAUCAUGUUUGCACUGAGAAAACUACUAAGUUAUCAACACGGAAGAAAGACAUGA